AUGCAUCAAUCAAAAACACAAAGCAAUCCAAUCAGAACAUCAUUCAGCCUCAGUUUAUAUCUAUUCAUAAAUUUCCUCAUGACAACGAUCCAGUCGCUCGAUGCCAAUGACUACAAUGGCAAUGGCAAAUUAAUUCGCACAAGCGGUGACAUUAUUCUCGGCGGAAUAUUUCCAAUGCAUGAAAUUUUAUCGUCAAAUCGCGAAUAUCCAUGCGGUGCAAUAAAGGAAGAGAAAGGCAUUCAGCGGUUAGAAGCUAUGCUUUAUGCCAUCGAUGAGGUUAAUCGGGAUCAAAAUUUAUUAGCAAAUGUCACACUCGGAACGGUUGUGAUUGAUUCGUGUAGCAGUGAUACGUAUGCAUUGGAACAGAGUAUGGAGUUCGUGAGGUAUUACAUGAAUAAGGAUGUGUCAGAAUACACAUGCCAGGAUGGCACAGCUCCAAUUUAUAAACCACACAAGCCAGUCGUUGGUGUUGUCGGUGCAUCAUUUAGUGUUGUCUCAGUGAUGGUUGCCAACAUUUUGCGACUUUUUAAAAUCCCACAAAUAAGCUAUGCCUCAACAUCUGUUGAAUUAUCAGACAAGUCACGAUUUGAGUACUUUAAUCGUGUCGUACCGAGUGAUAUUGAGCAAGGUCAAGCAUUAGCUGAGAUUGUUAUGACACUAAAGCUCACAUAUGCCAGUACAGUGUGUGUCGAGGGUGAAUAUGGCGAGAAGGGAAUCGCAAGCUUUCUUAAAGCCGCAUCAGAACUCGACAUAUGUGUUGCAAUCAAUGAGAAAAUCCUUCGAAAUUCAAAGGAAGAAGAUUUUGAUAGAAUAAUUGAGCGACUGUACAGUAAAAAGCAAGCACGUGCUGUCGUUAUGUUUGUCGAUGAGGAUAACGUGAAACGAUUGCUGCGUGCAUCGAUACGAGCAAAUAAGACAGGUCAUUUCUAUUGGAUUGCAAGUGAUUCGUGGGGUGCGAAGUCAUAUCCCGUACGUGAUCAAGAGUUUGCAGCUAUAAAUGCAAUAACGGUGCUUCCACAUCGGGUUGAAUCGGAAGGUUUCAACAACUACUUCCUAUCCCUCAAACCCCAACUCAACCCAAACGACUGCUCGAAUACAAAUCAAUCAAACGUCAAUUGCCGUAAUUUGUGGUUCAAUGAGUUUUGGGAGCAACGACAUAAAUGCAAAUUCGAUCCGAAAGUCAUGAACGUGACAAAAUGUACAGGAGAUGAGAAUCUCCUUAAUGGAUAUGAGCAGGAAGGUCUCGUUCCAUUUGUGAUUGAUGCUGUCUAUGCAUUCGCACAUUCAGUUGAUGAUAUUAUUAGAUCAAAGUGUGGGGAUGAGAAUCGAGGCGAUCGUGACUGUAUUAUGUCAUUAUUGCCAAUUCCGGGACCGGAAAUGUUGAGGUUUAUUAGGAAUAGUACGUUUAGGAGUCCGCAAGGAACUGAAAUUAGAUUCAAUGAGGAUGGAGAUGUUUUUGGUUAUUAUAAUAUUUAUCAGUAUCAAAAUCAUGGUACGAAGUAUGAUUAUGUUCCGGUUGGGACCUGGAAAGAAAGUCUUAACCUCAACUCGAAUGCCCUCAGCUGGGUGGGCGGUGAGCCAAAGUCAGUCUGCAGUGAGCCAUGUCCAGCAGGUCAUAUCAGAAAUUUCCAAGAUCAAUGCUGCUGGGUGUGUGUCAAGUGCAAUAUCGAUGCAUACGUGCUAAACGAUACAUGCAAAACUUGUGAUCCCGGUUGGAGACCGAAUGUAAAUAUAACAGGAUGUGACAAGAUUCCUGGUGAAAUCAUCGACUGGUUGUCGCCAUGGGCACUUGUUCCACUCGUGUUCUCGUCAAUUGGAAUUUUCUUUGCAUUUUUUACUACAUGUGUAUUUAUAAGAUACAAUAAAACUCCAGUGAUAAAAGCAAGCGGUCGAGAACUGUGCUACAUGCUCCUCAUAGGCAUUCUUCUGUGCUAUUGUAUGACUUUUGUUAUUCUUGCACCGCCAAACAUUUGGUCGUGUGCAUCGCUCAGAGUUGGUAUUGGUUUAUGUUUAAGUAUUUGUUAUAGUGCUAUUUUUAUUAAGACAAAUCGAAUAUCAAGGAUAUUCAAUCAAGGUGUUAAGAGCAUUCAAAGGCCGCUUUACACGUCGCCGGUUAGUCAGGUUGCUAUUUCGAGUGGCAUCGUCGCCAUUCAACUAGCGGUAUCAAUUGCAUGGCUUAUCUACGAUCCACCAGAUAUUCGUGAAAUUUAUCCACAUCCGCUCACAGCAGUGUUAACAUGUAAAGGCUCAGGCUAUAGUCUCAUGAUAUCACUCAUCCUUAUCAUCUUCCUCGUGCCAUUGUGUACGCUUUAUGCAUUUAAGACGAGAAAAAUUCCUGAAAAUUUCAACGAAGCCAAAUAUAUUGGCUUUACUAUGUAUUCUACAUGCAUUGUGUUCCUUGCAUCAAUUGCUAUUUACUUUGGCACAUCAAAUGAUUACAAAAUACAGUCAUCAAGUCUAUGCAUGUGCCUCAAUAUCAGUGCUACGGUUGUGCUCGCGUGCUUAUUCACGCCAAAAGUCUACUUGGUGCUCUUUCAGCCCUACAAGAAUGUCCGUCCAAGAGGAAAUGGUGGACGAAGUGCAGCGCCAAGUGGAAGUUCCGUUGGUGUAACCGGAAGUGGUUGCGAUAUGCGUUUGACAAAUCGCCAUCCACAACAUAGCAUGCGAUUCUCGUCAAAUGCACCCACAACACCAACGACAACGACAUCAAUAGAUGUAAUUGAGGCCAAUUUAAGCGGAAAACGCGGAUCAAUGACAGUAGCGUCCCACGAUCAACCCAUUCAAGUCGUCGAGCUCGACUCACAACAGCACCUGAACGGCUCAACGCCACUUCCACACCAGAAUCAACAUAAUGAAGUUAAAUCAUCGUCUGUCGAUAAAAUGCACGAAAUUAUGAAUACAAACAGUGACUACAAUGAAUCACCGCCGCUGCACGACGACGAUGGAAAUGUGUAA